AUGGAGGGCAUCGGCAUGAUCGAUCCUGCCAGCCUGGAGGCUUCCGGAUACUAUCAAGACUACCCUACUCCUUCCACCACAUCUCAGGCCGAGUCCUCGCCACCCCCAACAGAGGCUCCUAAGAAGAAGCGGAAAGCUUGGGGUCAGCCAGUACCUGAGAUCAAACAGAUCCUGCCUCCUCGCAAGCGAGCCAAGACUGCGGAAGAAAAAGAACAGCGCAAGAACGAGCGCAUUCUUCGCAACCGCCGAGCCGCCGACAAGUCGAGACAGCGCCAGAAAGCCGCUGUUGCCGAACUCGAGCAGAAAACUGGUCGUAUCGUCAAGGAGAAUGCCCUGUUGCGCGAUUUGCUGGACAAGUACCAACAGCGCUUUGGUGUGCCAGAGGGCUUCCAGUUCGCCGAACCUGAAGACGAGGAGGUCGACGCCCCUUCACCAAUUUCUCUCAACAACGACGCCACGAAUCCCCUUGACGACUCACCAUACAUGACACCAGCCAUGACUGGUUCGCCUCAUCCCACCUUUUCUCAGACCGACUCAACGACCAUUGUGAAUCAACACUCUCCCACUCUCACACCUUCCUUGGUUGAUGCCUCCGACAAUCAAGCUCCUAAGUCAGAAGGCCUGCUCGAUAGCGCUCUGCCUAGCUUCACCUCCUCCUCCGUCCUGACACAUUAUCCUGCCGCGGUAAUCUACCAAGCUGCAGAAGCUGCUCUCCCAAGCGACUUCGCGCAAUGGCCUGAGCUAUCUGCUCCUGGCAAUGCACUACCUCACGAUUUUUCAGACGUUCUCAACUUCAACGCUCUGGCCGAUGUUCCAAGUUUUCCAGAUCUUGGAACAGAGAUUGGACGCGAACUCGGUGGAGAACACCUUCUCUUCAAUCAGCAACAGCUUUCCCCUGAUUCAUUCUUUGAUUUCGAUGCCUUCAACGUCGACGAGAAAAGCGGUCUUCCGCUUGAAACUUCUGAGCCGGCUUCUCGCUUGCAGCCCUCGCAUGGCGCGCCUAUUACUGGCAGCGACUAA